UUCCCCGGCCCGGGUCCCGUUCUGCCGGCGCCCGCUGCUCAGGCUCGGACUGGCGCUGACCCCACAGGUCCGUCGCAGCGCCCGCACACGGCGCGAGUCGCAGCGCGGGGUUCUCGGCCGCGCUUCCCGGCGCGGACAACGGGGCGCCUCCGCGGGCUCGCAGCGAGCCACGCGCCUCUGCCCAGAGCUCACGAAGCACCGCCAGGCGCGCCCAGAGCUCCCGAGGGCGGAGACCCGCCUCCCGCACGCACAACCUGCGCUCGGCCCAGCCGGCGCGGCCGCAGCUCCUCCGCAGCUCCUCCGCUGGGCCUCGUCGUGGCGCGCGCGCCGGGUCCAGCACUAGGAGAAACGGGUCAGGCGCAGGACGGGCUUGGAGUGACGCGCGGGAUUGGUGUGACGCGGGGUAAAGCGAGCCGACUCGCCCGCCGACGCCGCCUCAAUCAGGCGCUCGCGAGAGCCUGCGGCGCCCGCCCUCUCCGGGCACUCGAGGUCUGCGUCCGCCCCGGUGCCGCGUUCAAGUGAGAGCAUGUUUUAGGUUUCCAAAGGAAGACCGAAGGGAAGGAAACAUUCCUCCGCCGUCCGCAUCGCCCCUCCCGAAACACCUGAAGCGUUGAAAGCAAGCGCGAAACGGAAACGGCGCGAGGUAGGCGCCGAAUCAGCCCGGGGCUGGCUAGGCGCGUGGAGAGCCGCCCCACCUAAGAAAUGUUUGGGGGGCCAAAAUCUGAAUAUAUAUGAAUGAAAAUCGUCAGUCAUUCACAGAUAAGCCAAGCAGUCUCAACUGAGGAUCACAUCUCUGCACGCUUUUUGCCAAGGUACAGAAUGAGCACAUGUUGUUGGUGUACACCAGGUGGUGUUUCCACCAUUGACUUCCUCAAGUGCUAUGCAUCCAGGACCCUUUCCAGUGAAUUCCAGACAGCUGAUGAAGACCUCUGCUACUGCUUAGAAUGCGUAGCUGAAUACCACAAAGCAAGAGAUGAAUUGCCAUUCUUGCAUGAGGUCUUAUGGGAAUUAGAAACUUUACGUCUCAUAAACCACUUUGAAAAAUCCAUGAAGGCAGAAAUUGGAGAUGAUGAUGAAUUAUAUAUACUGGACAACAAUGGAGAGGCACAGCCAUUUGACUUCACUGGCCAAGACUUUGAAAAUAAGCUUCGAGUUCCUCUUCUUGAAAUACUGAAAUACCCUUAUCUGCUUCUACAUGAGCGUGUUAAUGAAUUAUGUGUUGAAGCACUUUGUCGAAUGGAACAAGCCAAUUGCUCCUUUCAGGUUUUUGACAAACAUCCAGGGAUCUAUUUAUUUUUGGUCCAUCCCAAUGAAAUGGUUCGGCGUUGGGCUAUCUUGACUGCAAGAAACUUGGGAAAAGUGGACAGAGAUGAUUAUUAUGACUUACAGGAGGUUUUAACUUGCCUCUUCAAAGUCAUAGAGUUGGGGCUUUUAGAAAGUCCAGACAUCUAUACUUCUUCUGUUCUUGAAAAGGGUAAACUGAUUCUUCUGCCUUCACACAUGUAUGAUACUACCAACUAUAAAAACUACUGGUUAGGCAUUUGCAUGUUGCUGACCAUUCUUGAAGAGCAAGCCAUGGACUCGCUGUUAUUGGGCUCAGACAAGCAAAACGACUUUAUGCAAUCAAUCCUUCACACCAUGGAGAGGCAAUCAGAUGAUGAUAGUGUGGAUCCUUUCUGGCCAGCCUUACACUGUUUCAUGGUGAUCCUGGAUCGCCUUGGAUCUAAGGUAUGGGGUCAACUAAUUGAUCCCAUUGAGGCAUUUCAAACCAUUAUCAACAACGGGAGCUACAAUAGGGAGAUAAAAAAUAUACGGAACAGCUCUAUAAGGACCAAGUUAGAACCAGACUCAUAUUUGGAUGAUAUGGUGACUUGCAGCCAGAUUGUAUACAAUUAUAAUCCUGAAAAGGCCAAAAAGGAUUCAGGGUGGAGAUCAGCCAUUUGUCCAGAUUAUUGUCCUAACAUGUAUGAAGAAAUGGAAACAUUAGCCAAUGUACUGCAGUCAGACAUUGGUCAAGACAUGCGUGUCCACAACAGCACAUUUCUGUGGUUCAUACCUUUUGUUCAGUCCCUCAUGGAUCUUAAGGACUUGGGUGUGGCUUACAUAGUAGAGGUUAUUCAUCAUCUGUACUCUGAAGUCAAAGAUGUCCUCAACCAAACAGAUGCAGUGUGUGACAAAGUCACUGAAUUUUUUCUUCUAAUUUUGGUGUCAGUAAUUGAACUGCAUAGAAAUAAAAAGUGUUUGCAUUUGCUGUGGGUUAGCUCCCAGCAGUGGGUGGAAGCUGUUGUAAAAUGUGCCAAGCUCCCUACCACUGCAUUUGCACGGAGUACAGAGAAAUCAUCUGGAAAUUGCUCCAAAGGAACAGCAAUGAUAUCGUCCCUGUCAUUGCAUUCAGUGCCAUCUAACUCUGUACAGCUUGCUUGUGUGCUACUGAUAAGGAGUCUUCUGAAAGAAGGGUACCAACUUGGGCAGCAGACUCUUUGUAAAAGGUUCCUGGAUAAGCUGAACUUAUUCCUUCGAGGAAAUUUGUCUCUAGGUUGGCAGUUGACUAGUCAGGAAACCCAUGAGUUACAAACAUGUUUAAAACAAAUUAUUAGAAACAUAAAAGUCAAAGUACCUCAGUGUAGCACUUUUGUGGAUCUGACUCCAUGUAAAACCCCACCUGCAUUUUUUAAAGAAGAAAGUGAACAGAUAGAGAAGUCUAAGAAGGACAUGCUUUGUCUGGAAAAUUCCAGCCCAACAUUUUCUAAAGAGCCGAUGAAAAUUGACACACAUCAAGUGCAAGAGAGUAUAUUGAUUAAAGCCAGUAGUACUGUAGAAGAUGAGGGUCAUGAGCAGAAUUACAUAAAGGACUUGAAUAUGGAAGACAAUCUCUCAGCUGAGUCACGCUUACAGCAGUGCAGCAAAAGCCUGUUUGCUGAAAGAGCUCUAAACCAAAGUAAAGUGAGCAAAGGGGUACAGAAGCCUGUGAAGGAGAGCUCUCAUAUGCCACAGAGCUGUCCUUCAAGAAAUGGGCCAGACAGGGCCUGUAGCCGAGGAAUCAUCAAGUCAACACGUUCACUGACUGAUUCCUGCACUGAUUGUCUGUCAAAGGUAACCACAUCAAAUGAGGAUUUCUCUUUAAAGGAUGAUGUUCUUGGUAAAACCGCAAAACCAAAAUCUAAGGCACAGAAAGAGGAAAUCUGUGCAAAGUUAUCACAUGUCAUAAAGAAGCAACACAGGAAAAGUACUUUGGUCAGUGAUGCUAUCAGUUUAGAGGAAAAUCUGACUGCAUCUAGCAUGGAGACUUUCUAUUCAAGGAAAGAUGCAGGAGUCCAGAAAGGGGAUAGCUUCACACAUGAUCUAUCUUUAAACCCUAAUGGUAUUCCAGAUGAUGAAAAUGGAGAACAAAAAUCCCAAAACAGUUUAUUACUGAAAAAGAAACACUUAAAGAGCGAAGAGUUGGGUAUGUUCUCUUAUGAAAAUAAUUGCAAAGUGCAGGACUGUUACGCUAAUGAUAAAGAUUUGGUCUCAUUUACAGAAAUGACCAAUACUUUGGUGAAGAAAACAUCUCCCUUUAAAGAUCCUGUGACUAUACUUAAAUCAAGAGAUAAGGAUGUGAAUAAGAGUGUGGAUCUGAUUUCAUCUAACUUGGUAAGAGAACAUGUCCCUGGCAUCAGUCCUAAGUCUGACACUUUAACAGAUUCUCAAGUGGACAGAGACCUCCACAAAUUAUCUUUAAUAGCUCAAGCCAGUGUUAUUAAGUUUCCUUCAGAUUCAACUCUAAAAAGUACAUCCCAGCUGCAGAGAAGAGUAAAAGACGAUAAAAGAUUUUUCUCAGCUAACCAAAAUAAUGUUGUGGAUACAUGCCAUGGACAAGUUAUUGUUAUUUCAGAUUCUGAUGAUGAUGAUGAUGAGAGAAUUCUUGGUUUUGAAAAACACAUUGAACAGGACAAAGUAUCCAUUGAGAAAGAACAUACCAGGCAGCACGAUUCAAUAGUUACUACUACUGUAGAAAAGAAGCUUAUAAAGGAAGAAAAAACAAACUCCCUUUUGCAGUUUGAGGAAUCUGAUUCUCAGUUUUUUGAGUUUGAAAGUCCAUCUGAAGUGUUUUCAGUAUGGCAAGAUCAUAAAGUGGACAAUAAUUCAGUUCAGGAGACUGAGAAAAGUUCCUGUGUGACUUACGUAGCUGACAGCACAAAUAAUUGGGGUUAUGGUACAGAAUAUGCAUCUGAAGAGGCUAUUCCCAGAGUAGUGGAGAGUGUCGAAGAGCACCUAGAGCCACACAGUAGCAGCACUUCCAUGGAGGAUCUUCGUGAAAUCGAAGUUAAAAAGUCUAAGAGAAAACGAUUUGAAAAACCUGUGUUGGAAGAUCCUCUCAGACCUUCGUCAUCUGUCAGAAAUGAGGACCGGUCUGAUGUUCUUAAUGAGCGAGAUCUUACUGAAAAUGAUGUACAAAGUACAGACGUAAGGACUGUAACUCCCAGUUCAAGUGUUCAGAGGGCCACGGCGGUUUCACUAAAAAAGUCACCAAAGCUUCGAACUUACUCAAAACCCAUUAGGAGAGUCCCAGUUUCUAAAACAAAGAAAACACAUUCAGAUGCCAAAAAAGGGCAGAAUAAAAGUUCACAUUACCUAAGUUGUAGGACAACUCCUGCUGUAGUUCCACCAAAGAAAUUUCGCCAGUGUCCUGAACCAACUUCAACAGUUGAGAAGCUUGGUCUGAAAAAAGCUCCUCGGAAGGCCUUUGAGUUGUCCCAGCGAUCUUUAGAGUAUUUAGUUCAGUUACGCGAUCAUGGCAAAACUGUCGGAGUAGUUGACACCCAAAAAAAGACCAAAUUAAUUUCUCCUCACACUCUUUCUGUUAAAAAUAAUAAGAAACUGCAGACAAGUCAGGGUCCUCAGUCACCAAGGCAGGUGAGACCUAAAUCACAACAAAACAGACAAGAAUUUUUUGAUUAUGAAAGUAUGGAUGCUCCAAGGGCAGGGACACGUAAAGCACAGCAUUCUGACAUACUUGCACCAGAGUCUGAGAGGUUGGAUUUUAAAGGAACCGAUGCACUUGCCAGCAGCAAUGAAAAACAGUUAAUAAAAGGCAUGUCUUCAGAACCAGAAACCAAAAAAGCAAAGUAUGUUUCCCAGGUAACAGAUGAUGCUUGUGUUUUGAACCAGUGCAAUUCUGGAGUGCUGAACGGAAGACUCACAACAAACGAAGGAAUGGUUUCUACAUCAGUGGACCCUUUAGGUGGAAGUGACCUUGCAGUGCAUCGUGUUGAAGCAGCAGCGCUGAAGGAGGUGGAGCCUGAGUCCAACAGCGAUGCAGAGGACGAUAACUUAUUUUUAACACAGAAUGAUCCUGAAGAUAUGGAUUUAUGUUCACAAAUGGAGAAUGGCAAUGAUAAGCUCAUUGAGUUGGUUCAUGGAAAAGAUACAGUUCAGAUAGAUGAAGAUUCUGUGAGUCGACCUCAGUUGGAAUCUCUGAGUGUCACAAAGUGUAAGUUCAAAGAUGGUGUUGAAAACAUGAAAAACCAGGGUGAAUGCUGCUCAGGACCCUCUGAAACCAAAGCAGAUGAAGAUGUGUUCCGGAAACCUGGCUUGCCUCUUUCUGCAGCCAAACCUUUAAGACCUUCCACCACUAAGGUUUUUAGUUCAAGUAGUACUUCUCGCAUUGCUAAUCUUUCCAGGUCUUUGGAAAAUGCUUCACUUCCAUCAGCUCUAAAAAAUAAAUCAAAUGGAGUACAGUCUAUUCUGAAAGUGCCACAGCCUGCUUCCCUGGUCCCUCAGAAGCCAGCAGGUGACGGGAAGGGUUUGUGUAAUGUUCUUCAUUCUCAGGCUCCAAAUAAUUCCAGCAAGCAAGGUUACAAACUUCCAUUUGGUGAAAGCAAAUCUUUUUCAGUUUCUUCUCCAGUAAAUAUUCUCUUGUCAUCACAGUCUAUCUCCGACACCUUUGUUAAAGAGGUCUUAAAAUGGAAAUAUGAAAUGUUUUUGAACUUUGAUCAGUGUGGGCCCCCAGCAAGUCUUUGUCAGUCCAUCUCAAGACCUGUACCUGUCACAUUUCAAGAUUGUGGAGAGUAUUUUAAUGUGUUUUUACCUUUGAUGAUAUUGAAUACUUUUGAAACAGUGGCACAGGAAUGGAUCAGCUCUCCAAACAAAGAAAAUUUCUUUCAGUUGCAUUUACGAAAAUUUCCAGCUGAUUAUAAGAAAACCUGGGAAUUUGUGGUUUAUCUGGAAGAAUGUGAACUGGCUAAACAGCUUCAUCCAAAGGAAAAUGAUUUGGUGUUUUUAGUUCCUGAGAGAGUAAAUGGAGAGAAAAAAGAUACAGAGAGAAACUGCUUGCAAGAUCCCCAGGAAUAUCACUGUGGUUAUGUUCAUAAAUUUCGCCGCACUUCAGUUGUUCGUAAUGGGAAAUCUGAGUGUUCCCUUUGCAUCCAGACUCAAGAUAACUUGCCAGCCAACUUAAAUGACCUUGUGAAAUGCAUUGUAAUCAGUUCUCUGGUAACUACACAAAGGAAAUUGAAAGCCAUGUCUCUGUUAAGUGGUCGGAAUCAACUAGCCAGAGCUGUUCUGAAUCCAAACCCCAUGGACUUUUGUACCAAAGAUUUACCAACUACGACGUCUGAGAGAAUUAUUGCCUACUUAAGAGAUUUCAAUGAAGACCAAAAGAAAGCAAUAGAAACUGCAUAUGCCAUGGUGAAACACUCACCAUCAUUUGCCAAAAUCUGUCUGAUUCAUGGACCACCUGGCACAGGAAAAUCAAAAACCAUUGUUGGCCUCCUUUACCGCUUACUGACAGAGAACCAGAGGAGGGGGCAUUCAGAUGAAAAUUCCAAUGCCAAAAUCAAGCAGAACCGUGUCCUUGUGUGUGCACCUUCCAAUGCAGCUGUUGAUGAGCUCAUGAAAAAGAUCAUCCUCGAGUUCAAAGAAAAAUGCAAAGAUAAGAAGAAUCCUUUGGGAAACUGUGGUGAUAUUAAUUUAGUACGAUUGGGUCCAGAAAAGUCUAUUAAUAAUGAGGUCCUGAAAUUCAGUCUGGACAGCCAAGUCAACCACAGAAUGAAAAAAGACUUACCUUCUCACGUUCAGGAGAUGCAUAGAAGAAAGGAGUAUCUAGAUCAUCAGCUAGAUGAGCUUUCACGUCAGCGAGCUCUGUGCCGAGGUGGACGGGAAAUACAGAGGCAAGAAUUAGAUGAAAAAAUUGCCAGAGUUUCAAAAGAAAGGCAAGAACUUGCUUCUAAAAUUAAAGAGGUUCAAGGGCGCCCACAGAAAACACAGAGCAUCAUUAUCUUGGAGUCCCAUGUCAUCUGCUGCACUCUGAGCACGAGCGGGGGUCUGCUGCUGGAGUCUGCUUUCCGAGGGCAGGGGGGUGUUCCCUUCAGUUGUGUCAUUGUUGAUGAGGCCGGGCAGUCUUGUGAAGUGGAGACUCUCACGCCACUCAUUCACCGCUGCAACAAGCUCAUUCUGGUGGGCGAUCCCAAGCAGCUCCCUCCCACGGUCAUUUCCAUGAAAGCACAGGAGUAUGGCUACGACCAGUCAAUGAUGGCUCGCUUCUACAAACUGCUGGAGGAGAAGGUAGAGCAGAAUGUGAUUGGCAGACUGCCAAUUUUACAGCUCACUAUUCAGUACAGGAUGCAUCCAGAUAUAUGUCUCUUCCCUUCUAAUUAUGUUUAUAACAGAAGUUUGAAAACAAAUAGGCUGACUGAAACCAACCGAUGUUCAUCAGACUGGCCAUUUCAACCUUAUCUUGUGUUUGAUGUUGGAGAUGGUUCAGAAAGACGGGAUAAUGACUCAUAUGUAAAUGUUCAAGAAAUAAAAUUGGUGAUGGAAAUAAUUAGACUUAUUAAAGACAAAAGAAGAGAUGUCACUUUUCGAAACAUUGGCAUUAUAACCCAUUACAAGGCUCAGAAGACAAUGAUUCAGAAGGAUUUGGACAAAGAAUUUGAUAGGAAAGGACCAGCAGAAGUGGAUACUGUGGACGCCUUCCAGGGUCGUCAGAAGGAUUGUGUCAUUGUUACAUGUGUCAGAGCAAAUGCCAUGCAGGGCUCAAUUGGAUUCCUGGCCAGUUUGCAGAGAUUGAAUGUCACCAUUACACGAGCCAAGUACAGCCUCUUCAUCCUCGGACAUCUGAGGACUCUGAUGGAAAACCAGCAUUGGAAUCACCUGAUUCAGGAUGCUCAGAAGCGUGGUGCCAUCAUUAAGACCUGUGACAAAAACUAUAGACAUGAUGCAAUGAAGAUUCUGAAACUCAAGCCUGUGCUACAGAGAAGUCUGACCCACCCACCUACCAUCGCCCCUGAGGUGUCCCGACCCCAAGGCGGCUUGCCUAGCAGCAAGCUAGACAGUGAAUUUGCCAAGACGUCUUUUGCAUCUUCUGUAUACCACACGCCUUCUGACUCCAGGGAAGCUGCUGUUACUUCAAAAGACCCUGAAAGGCCGCCUCUUCAGGACCGACUUCGGGACCCUCGGCUGCUGAGGAGAUUGGGUGCUGACGCCAAGGGGAAGUUCCUAAGAGAUCCACAACCCCUGAGCCCCCAGCAUCCUGGAGCAACACCUCCCCUGGGAGAGCCAGGCUUUCCCAUCACUCACCAGGACCUGGGCAGUGCAGUGCCACUGCCUGCUGCUAAACUCCCCCCUCAGAGCAACCACACACCUCCUUUGCAGGGCGAGCCUCCAGCCGUGAGCUCGGAUGCUUCCACGAGUAAACGCAAAUGUGACCCGGAAGAGGGGCUCAGUCACAGGAGAGAGACCAGGGCUUUCAGUGAGGGGGAACAGGAGAAGCAUAGCUCUGUCGCAUAUCACACAAAGAGGAGACUGGAGAAAGAGGAGAGCUGUUCCAAGAAGAGGAAGCUUUCAUAGCAAAGCCAGGUGCCUGCACCACCAGCCACAGGUAGUAUUGCAGACUCGAGGCGACCAGCUGUAGGACCAUCCUGACAAGACCAUCUCUUCCUUAGAGAGGAGGCUGUGCUGUUGGAGAACACGAGAGUGCAUCCUAACACCUGAGCCUUUGGUCGUCUUCAGUACUUCCUCUCAGUUGCAAAAGCUUUCGGAGGAUGUUUGUGUAUCUGUGAUAAUGUCCUUGAAGUCAGAGACUCAAAAUGUCAAUCUCCUGUUCUUCUGUAGAAAAGGAGGUCAGACUGGGGUGGAUGUUGUAAAAGUUGAAAUGUAUAUUUGUAUAGCAAAUAACAAAAUCCUUUUAAAAUUUAAUCUAGUAGGCCGCUUUUCUUUCCCCUGCUUAAAUGUUAAUCAUUUUUCAACAAAACAAACUUUAUACUGGGGGGCGGGAGGGUGGGGAGGGAGCAAGAGAGGAGACAGGUCCUUUCAGCCAUUGCUAUGGCAAGACAGGUUUCCUUACAGCUGAGGUGAUUUGGAAUAAUCUGAGUUAGUGCUAGUGGGUCAGAUGCCUCUAGCUCUAUUUAAAUAAAAACGACUGGAGUUUCCUGGGGACCUUCGGGAAUCAGUAAUGUUAGGUAAGGUUCUGCUUUUGUGGUGUGUGCAUUUUUAGACAAGGCACCUUGGCACAGGGUAUUAAAUAUCUGAUUGGUUCAUUGACCUGUUUUAGAGUGCAUGUAGUUCUCUGGCUGAAAUUCUUACACUUCUUGAACUACAAUAAUAAGAGAUGGAAGAAGUCCUUGAAGCACCUUUCAGAUGCACCAGCACACUGUGGUGGGUGUGGUUCCCGAAUUCUGAAUGAGGACUGGGCCGGCUGUGGAAGAACCAACUCAGGUUGCUUGCUGAGCUUUUGGAUUGCUAGGGACAUUUAACACUUCCCAGAGAAUCCCAGUCACCAGGCAGCUUGGUGACCACUGAGCAGGCUGAGUAGAGUAUUUCAGGCAGGAAAGAAACUAAGUAAAAAGAAAGGUAACGGGUUUAGAACUAGGAAGCCAGCAGACCGAUUUCCUGUGGGCUUCAGGAUGUCCAUGGGUGAAAGUGUGCUGUGUAGUUGGUGGCCUACUUCUGUGGAGCUGGUGGCAUCUGUGGGAGGAAAGUGGGGUGGCAGGAGGACUGGCUCAGGACUGGGAGGGAGGGCCAACUUUGUGCCUAAUUUUGUUCAAAUUUCUAAGGUUGUAUACCUGAUGGUUGUAAUAACCGAUCACUUAUAGCAAAUUCUGUGCAGCCCAUUAAUUAGCUAAUUUGGGGCAGGAAAACAAAUACCUGAAGAUAAAUGUGCACUAUUUGAAAUUUUCUUCAUCAUCUGCUUUUUCAGCAAAAAGGAUUUUGUGUUAGAAAUUGUACUGAUGCAUGUUUUAAAGAGCCUUGAAAAAACAGCUUUUGGUCGCCAAAAGUUGGAGUGUGCUAUUACAUUACCUGUUUUUUCCCACUGGUGCCUGGGCAUCUGACUACCGUCAGCGGAACGUUCCUGAACUCAGGGAGCUCAGCACCUUGAGCACUUAGGCCCCAGUUGGCCGCUGCCUCCAGUCUGUGAUGGGGGUCAGGCUGGGGUGUGCCCUCUACCUGGCUGCGGGCUCUGUAGGCUUCCUCCACACGCCUUUGUCAGGAAGCCUUCUUGUGACCUCAGUUAACUCUGCUAUUUUGAUAGUGCUUGAUUUAGCAGACUCUUAGGGGUGCCCACUUAGGUAGGGAGAUGACAAAAGUCAUUGGUGUCAGGACCUAUCCCAGGCUGCUCUUGUUGACACAUGAUUAUAAGAACUAAGUUUCCCUGCAAGUGCACCCUCAGCUCCACACUGGACGGCGUUCUUUCCAUUCAGGUUGAUCCCUGUUCUCAGGUUGUGGUUGUCUGUUGGGGCGCUGCUCAGAGGACAGUUACAUGAAAAUUGACAAGAACUGCAGCCUUUUUUCCUUCUUUCUUUUUUAUUUUUUUGUCGGGGGAGGGCUGCUGGGAUCUAACCCAGGACCUCGUGUGCUAGGCAAGUAAGUGCUCUGCCACUGAGCUGCUCUCCUGACCCCUGCAUCCUUUUUAGCAAACAAACCUGUGUCCUGUGACAACCUCUCUUCAGCAGAACACAUUGUACCUGACAUUGAAUUUGCAACUGUUAUUUGUUCCAGUUGGUAAAGCAUUUGCAGAAAGCAUUUGGCAUAUGUGCUGUGUGUCAUGGCAGUGUGCUGAACAGGGCUCUUUCUUGCAAGACUUUUAGGGGUGACCACUUAGGAGGUGACAAGUCACUGCCACGUCCUUGCGCAACAUGUCUUUUCAGUAUUGGUUAUUUCAAAAUGAAUAUAUUCUAUUUAAAAACUUGUUUUGCUUCUUUGUAUAUAUUUCCCUUAGAUUUAUUGUGCACAGUUCGUUUAGGUAUAUGUUUUGUGAAUUAUUGGGAGCAAAUUUGAUAAGUACUUGUGAAUAACCUGUAAAUUAGUUUUAUAAGAAAAAUGUACUAAACUAUUUUUUGAACUUAGUUGUGCAGAAUGACAAUUUUUUCCCUUUAGCUUUGACUUUCUAUGCUGUAUAUUCAUAGCUGGGAUUUGAAACAAUAGCCCUGUUCUCUUUGUUGAAAUCUAAAUUUUAAGAGAAAUAGGCAGAAUUAAAAGUGGAAA